AUGAUGUGUUUAGAAAUCAAUACUUCAAAGCUAUUGCUGCUUCCAUCCGAAGUAUUGGAAUUGGUGCUUUCAUAUAUCCCCACAAUCAAUUUGUUGUCAUAUGCCAAUAUACCGAAUUUAGAUGAUCUCUUAAAAUGUGAAUUAAAUAAUCGGCACGUUAAAGUCUAUCUCCAUACAAGAUAUAUUGGAGAUAUUAUACAUUCAGAGGAACCGAAGUUCUGGGAUAGAACACCAAUUGGUGACGAGACAAGGUUGGACCUGCGAAGCAUUCCACCGUCUGAAGGUUUCGAUAGUAUCGAGUUUAGAGAACCUGAUUGCGUAGAAAGGUUUUUGGAUUUCAGGAAAAGACAUCCUAACUUGAGUCCAGAAUUGAGGAUCCAUGAAACUGCUGUUUUAGAGAAGUUGCUUAGGGAAGACCCUUGGUGCUUUCAAGAUAUCCGGAGCCUAAAUGUUAUGGAAAGCGGGGACCCGAAAGAACAAGAAGAGUUUGUGAACGCAGUUUCUAGUUUUGCAUACAACAUAGAUACUAUUCGAAUGUCCAAUCUAGCUGACUGUACUCUCCCGAGAUCGGUUAGACUGUUAGAACUAUUUAAUUUUCUGGAACAGAAGUAUCAUUUACGGUCCCCGUCAAUAGAAUAUCAACUAAAAGAAUUAACUAUACUCUCUGCAAUUGAAGUUGAAGAUUGCAAAUACUUACCAAGAUCAUUACAGAGUUUAAAUACAGACAUAAGCUUGGAUGAUCCAAGAUGUACACUCGACUUACCAUUAACAUUACAACAGCUUGUGAUUACAUUUGCACCCUGGCCCUACGUUACAGAAAUAGAUAUUUCCAAACUUCCUAGUUUAGAGAAAUUGCGUCUAGUUCGCUUUCCUCUAGAAGAGUUAAAGGGAUUGCACGCUCCCAAGCAAUUGGAAAGUUUGACCAUCAUGUCAAAUACUUUACGAGCGUUGGAAAGUAUAGAGCAGUACACCAUGCUCAAGGAACUCCUGGUUGCAAUUCUCCGCUCCGGUGCAAAGUCGGUGUUGGAUUGUACCUUACCUGAUUCCUUACAAAGGUUUUAUUUUGACUGGUGGACUAUGGAUGAAAGUGAGAUGGUUGAAGAUCAGGAGGUCGAAGAGCUGUAUCGUAAGUCUUCAAUUAUUUUGCCUUUGAAUCUCAAGCUGCUUCGGCUUACAACAAAUUCUCCAUUACUUUGCUUGAAAGAGUGGAUUAUCCCAUGGUCAUUAAGGACUCUUUCAUUUCAAGUUACCAAGUUACCGGUCGGGUUCAAGAUUCCACCAAAUUUGAUAUCCCUUUCCAUAAUAUGUUCAGAGAAUGGUUUCUUACCUCGUCCUUUACCCAAAUCCUUGGUUCGAAUAAUCACGACUUUGUUACCACCAAACAAAUCGUGUCUAAAAAAUUUGACAAACUUGACCUAUCUUAAUUGUCAGUUUCUUGAACAAGAAAGGAUAUACUUUGACUGGAAAUUACCAUCUAGUUUAAAACGUUUGAUAGUUCAUUACAAUUACUUAGAAACUUUGAAACUAAACGUUCCAAACCUAAAGGCAGUGGAGUUGUUUCUUAGAUUUCCUAACCUUUUGGAAAAAUUAGAGCUACCUUCUUCUGUAAUUGAUUUGAGAAUACAUAGCGUCAAAGAUAACGAUGAUGCAGAAUUGUCCAUUUCAAAGAAACAUAAACUUCCUACACAAUUAAGGGUGAUUAACCUAUUGCACGUUUUUAUGGAUUCAGAAUCACUUAAUAAUUUACACUUGAAAAACUUUCAGUAUUUGUGGUAUAUUAAUCUAUAUAAAAAUCAGAUCAAGAAAGUUGCAGAUGGGAUGUUUCCUGCUUCCACAAAAGUACUCAUCCUUCUGAGUAAUUUCUUAGAUGAAGUCGACCCUUAUGCAUUCAAGAAUCUACCCAACUUACAGUACUUGUACUUGUCUCGUUGUGAUCUUGGACUAGGGGCAGUAAAAAAACAACCUUUGGAAUUCUCGACUUCUUUGAAGUAUGUACAAUUAGCAUGCAACUACCUAAGAGAUGUUGACAGUUUUCAUUUUCCCUCGGAGAAUAUGACUAGAAUAGGACUUACUUUCAAUCACUUUCCUGAUAACGAGAAAAUUGUUGCAACAUUGAGAACUAGAUUGGGAGAUAAUGUGGUCGUUGAAGUGUAG